UCAAAAACUCGUAAGACCGAGCAAUCAAAAGCGAAAAGCAAAGGAAAAGGACCGCAGAAGACUCCUAAGAAAAAUGAUAAGAAGGGCAAGCUUUGUGGAAACAAGCAAAGUGACAAAAGUAAACAGUCUAGAAUGAAGCCUAAAGAAGCGGACAAAGCUAAGGAUGAGAAGGGCGGCAGUCCAGAAGAAAAGAUAAACGAAACUAAAACGAAAGGCUCCAACGACAAGGUAAAUAGCAAGGAAAACGACAAAACGAAGGAUGCUAAAGAAAAGACUACUGAAAAUAAAAACAAGCCUAGUAAAGAAAAAGUGUCCGAGGACAAACCCAAAGAUAAUAAAGAAAAUGGUCCAGGAGACAAAAACAAAAAAUUCUAA